UCCUAUGUGUACGUGCGCGCCGCCCUGCACGUUGGCGUUGUAUUAGUUAAAGUUUCUCUGUACCCGUUGUUUUCCUAAUUUGAAACACCCUUUUCUCAGGAGAGCAAUAUUUAGUAUAUUAUUGUCUGCAAAGCAAAACCAUGUCGGACGCUUUAUCGGAUGAUGGCAGCGACACCAACCCAGAUGACAGCCAGGAGGACGUGAUGACACCGGCGGAGCUGAUCGCCAAGCUGGAGGAGGCUUGGCUGAAUGAGAAGUUCUCACCAGAGCUGCUGGAGAACAAAUCAGAAGUGGUGGAGUGUGUGAUGGAGCAGCUGACGCACAUGGAAUCCAACUUGCAGCGAGUGAAAAAAGGUGACGCUAAGGCCAGCUUCCAUCGCAUGGAAAUAGACAGGAUCCGCUAUGUCCUCAGCAGCUUCCUGCGCUCUCGUCUGCAGAAGAUUGAGAAGUUUUUCCCUCAUGUCCUGGAGAGAGAGAAGUCUCGAGGGGAGGGACAGCCAUCUCUGCUGUCUCCUGAGGAGUUUGCCUUUGCCAAAGAGUACUAUGCCAACACUGAAGCCUACCUAAAGGCUGUAGCGUUGAAGCGCAUGCCUCCAAACUUACAGACUGUGGAUAUGCUCAAAGCAGUUCCUGAGCCCUGCUUGGACUCCUUUGUGUUUCUGCGUGUGAAAGAGAGACAAGAAAACAUCUUGGUUGAGCCUGAAACUGAUGAUCAGAGAGAGUAUGUUGUGGAUCUUGAAGAGGGCUCUCAGCACUUGAUGCGAUAUCGCACCAUAGCACCACUGGUUUCAAGUGGAGCUGUGCAGUUAAUUUGAACAUGGAGGUCUGUAGCAGUGAAUGUUUUUGAUGCUGGAGAUCAUAAAAGAAAUCUUGGGUCAUUUUGUGUCAAAGUUGUAUUAAAGAGAAGGCCGUUUUACUUGCAGAGAUUUGCACCAAGAAACGAGUAUCCUCCUCACUGUUGACUGGAAUAAGGACCAACUCAUGUGACGCAAAUGGAGAUGUGAUGUUGACAUCAAAAAAACCUACUACAGCUGUUUAUGUCCAGUGACAAGUAAAUGCUGCAACUGAACCCCACGACAGCGUUGUUGCAUCCGAUAUUUUGCUACCUUGGUGUUGAGACAACGACAUUAUCUGAUUCAGCAUUUUUGAGACUUUUGUUUAGUUCUUGUCUCUGUGUGGAAAAGGCACAUAAUUGGAUGUUUUCUGCUCCUCAGUAACAGGAUGAAUCAGAUGACCUGAAGGUGAAAUUACAGUACAUACUUGGCAUCGCAGUUCCUGGCAUCAUUAGGUACACGUGUUUAUGUGUGAAUGCUGGCUGCUUUUUGACAGCCUCAAUCGGGUUGGCAUGCACACUUGACAGAAGUAUUUUCAUUAUAAACAAAGUCCACAAAUGUUUCUGUGCACUUCACUUCCGCUACCCCAGUUUUAUUUAAUCACGUUUACCCUAAGAGGAUUCAUGGGACAAACAUCUGCUGUGAACUAUAAUUAUGUUUAUAGUAAUGUUAUGUAAGAGCUUCAGAGGGCGUAAUCAGUGCUUAUUGUUUCCUCUUGCACCGACUGCUCAGUAAUUGGAAAUAAUAAGGAACUGAGAGAGUGGGCUAAUGGAAAAGGAGCCAUGUGUCAGCAGACUAUCAUCAUCUUGGCCUGCGGUGCUGGUCCAGCUUCAUAGUUCUCCAAUUCUGACAAUACAGUUGUCGUGUAGAGAUUCUUGAUCAUCAAGACAAGAGGAAAAGAAUUGGUAGACACUUGAUUACAAGGAAUGGCAUCGUGUAUGUGAGCAGAGUUUUUUUUCACAAAUGUAUAAACAUGCAUUAAAAUGUUGGCAAUAUCAGUUUGAGAUAAAUAAAACCUUGUAAAUAUGUCAAA